AUGUCAAAACGGCUGGCGCCGCACAAAGGACGGAUCACCGUCAACAGCCGCUGCGCCAAUCUUUCAAAACACAUAACCGAUCUUCCAACACUUUGUGACGAAAAACCGGUAACCAGAAGAGGACUUUUGAGCGACACGGAUUCAGAUAAUGAUGCCGUAAGUGCCUUUUGCAGCUGACUUUCUUGUCCGUCUAUAGUUCGAGUGUCAUGUGCGCUUUCACAGCUACAUAAAACAAGUAUGUGUAUACUCUAAAGUUGUCAAAAAUUUCAAAGAAAUUAGUUUUGGACAAAUUGGCGAAUGAUUCACUUGUCUAUUGAAACUCUAAAUUUGUACAAUUUCUGCACUGUACGGAAUCGGUUCUUAUGAAAAGUAGUGCUCAACGGUUUGAAUAAAUGUUUUAGAUGCCACCAAACAGCGAAGAGCUCGGAGCACGCCCAAAAACUCCAAUGGCUCGCUUUUCACCGCAACAAGGGCCGCGAAGGGGAAGAUCGGCAAUGUCUUCAGAUGGCUCGUCGAACAUGUUUCUAAACGCGGACGGCAGCGCACCAGGACCCAGCAGCGCGCCUGAACUGAUGGUAAGCUCUUUUUUAUGUACUCACAAUAAUUCUAAAAGUUUUCAGGAAACGCCAGAAUCCGCAUCCCAUCAGACAGAAAGAAAAAACACAGCACAAGAUGGUGUUCCAAAAAGGAUACGCAGAAGGAAGAAAAGGUCUCGGUCCUCAACGGCUACUCUGCAAAUCCAACACUGGAAAAGAUAUGGUCUGGAUUCUGAUGAUGAUGACUGGAAAGAUAUUGAAAGUGUGCAAGUAAUCAUUAAUGACGAUCAGUUCAGGGUGAGUUAAGAACUUUUUACGAACCUUCUAAACAAACAAUUUCAGAUAGACGCCGAGCAAAUUGAGAACUUCCGAAGACUGGUGAAAACUAUUCAGGAUAGACAUGAAUUGGAUGCAGCAGAUCUAGAAGCAGCCGUUAAAGAAUCUCCAGAACCAGUACUCCCCAGACGAAUACAUCUGGGAAAGUACAUCAUUGACUCUUGGUACGGCUCACCGUUUCCGGAGGAGUUUUGCCGAGCAAAACUUCUCUACAUCUGCGAAUUCUGCCUAAGAGCGUUCAUCUCGGAGUUUUGCAUGAAACGACAUGUGGAAAAGUGCAACACCCGAAGUCCGCCAGGAGAGGAGAUCUAUAGACAUGACAAAAUCUCAGUUUUCGAGGUGGAUGGACAUGAUCAGAAGUAAGUUGUUCUUUUUUGCUUCGCACAAGCGAACAAUUUUUCAGAGAGUAUUGUGAACGCCUGUGUCUGCUUGCGCGUUUGUUUCUCGACAGCAAAACCGUUUUCUACGACACUGAUCCAUUCCGGUUUUACAUCGUAACGGUCAACAGCGAAAUUGGAUGGUCAUUCGCUGGAUACUUUAGCAAAGAAAAAUACGAGCCGGAUGUGAACAACCUCAGUUGUUUCAUGAUUUUACCCCCCUACCAACAACGUGGACUCGGAAACCUUCUAAUAUCCCUCAGCUACGAACUUUCAAAAAGAGAGGGCUGGAUUGGCGGACCGGAAAAACCGUUGUCUGACCUGGGCAAAGCGGCUUAUGGUACCUAUUGGAUCAAAACGAUCCAACGCGCAAUGGCACGACCUGAUGUGUUUCAUCUCAUAGAAGAAGUCAAGAAAUUUGGGGUGGAAGGUAAAUUUUAGUCUUCCAAAAUAUGUAUAAUAUCCUAAACGUUUCACAGACUUGGAAAAAAUCGUGCGGAUAGACGGUGAAGACCUGUUAGAAUGUCUCCUUCUUUUGGGAUAUUUGGAGCCAAAGGGCAAAUCCGUAAACGGCGUUCAGUAAGCGAAACCUAUUUGAUAAGGUCAAAAUUCUUGUUUCAGGAGCAUGUGCUGGAAUGUCGAUUGGGAUGGUUGUGUGGAGGCAGCCAAUAAACCGCCGAAACCUGGAAAACACGUUUUCCGUCCGGAUAUGAUUUACGUCUGUUUUCUUAAAUCACUCUCAACACAAAAACAUCGAUAAUUUUGCAGUGGGAGCCAAAAACCCGCAGUCCUAAAGAUGAUGGGUUUGUCGAAUUGACAACGAAACAAGUGGAAGAGGACAAUGAGAAGAAAAAACAAGUCCCAAAGACACCGGUCAUCAAUUCGGCGACUCUGGAGCAGUCCACUCCUGCUACUUCGUCCAGUCGUCCUGUCGGAUCUGUGAAAAAGGUUAGCGCUGACCAAAACGAAUGUCAAAAACAAUUGUAUUCGUUUUCAGGAAGUAAGAAGCCGGACUUUGAGUCGUCAUGCCAAUAGAAAUCUGAAAAAAGACGUGGCAAAAGCCGUGACUGUUCCCGAUGUAACUUCUGAUAUCACCGAUGUCGAUGAGAAAAAGGAGGUCAAGAAAAGGAUCAGAUCCAGAAAAGGCAAAAGGAGGGGAAGAUGCGCAGGUGAGAUGAUAGAGAGAAUUUUUGUAUAAAGCACACAUUACUGUGAACCGUUUUAUGUUGUCGUAGGAAAAAUGUGUAUACCUUUGGACACUUAUGUAGAAACUAAAGAAAUCUGUAAAAUACUGAGGUUCACUGUAAUGUGUGAUUGCUCACAAGAAAUAUUUGAUAAACUCAAUUUUCUAUGAAUAAUUACAGAUACAGCUUUGAAAACGAACGAGCGACGAGACGAAACCCCUGAAAACGAUGGUCCUGGUCCAUCUUCAAAGCCCACUGGUCGCGGUCGGAGACCGGCGGAAACUUCCAAGAAACCAGCCCCAUCCAAAAAGCAGGAGCCAAACACUUCAUCCAAAAAAGGGAGAGGCCGAAAACGUCGAAAUGGUGGAGAGCAAGUUGAAGAGAAAAAGGACGCGCUGCAGGAGAGUGACUCUGACUCUUCCGAUGACGACGACCUUCCGUACGGAUCGCAAAGACGGAAGACCAAGAAAGGAAAGCUUGGAAAGCACGGGAAGUUGCGGAAAAUAAGGCAGAGAAUGCAAAGAAGACGCGUUCAUAAGUUUGUGGCCGGAAAGAAGUACCCGCCGGAUAACGGGAAAAAGGAAAAGUCAACCAGUCCUUCAAGAGAAAUAGAGAAAAAGGAAAGGAGCGAGUCCGAAAGCUCCGAUUUAGAUUCGGAGCGUAAACCAGGAUCAUCAAAAGCGUGCAUUGAUGUUGAGCGCAUGGAAACUGACCAAAAAGGCACUCCUGUUGAGGUACAGAGUACGGAAGUUGAGAAAGAACUGGAGAAAGAGGACAGCGAUGAGGGUGGCGAUGAUCUGACAAUGGAAAUGGCGAACGAUGUGGAGGAAGAGCUUGGAAGAGUGAGUUUUUUGUCGUACAUGAAUUUAAACUUUCAGUCAGUUUCAAAAAUUUAUUUUUCAGGACUACAUUAUCGGAACUCCUGAAUCAUAUCACUCUGAAGCUGAAGACGCCCUCUCACCGCCGCCAGCCCAACAAUUUGACAGUGUUCGAGAGCACGUUGAAGAACACGUCGAAGAGAACGACGGAGCGCCUCCUCUGCUCAUCUCCGAAGUGGCUAACCUGACAGUUUCACAGAAAGAUGAACCGAGGAUUAAGGAGUCCAACCAAGUUCCACCGCCACUUGUUCAGAAUAACAUGGAGAAUGUUGGAUACGAGACGGAAGAUGAUGAUGCUCCGCCGAGACUGUCCCCGCAGUACGGAAAGCAAGAAGACCAUGUUGAAGAAAUUGAGAAAGACAAAGAUUCAAUGCUGAUAAAUGAAACGAUGGUUGAUGGGCACAAUGGAAUUCAUCAGGAACCAUCGCAUUUCCAUGGACCCACAAGUGUCAUGCACAUGACUCCAAUGCAAGUCACUCCGAUUUUGAUGAGUCCACAAACUACACAUCCGUUCUCGCAUCAUGGUCCAAACUCGCUUCAACAGCAGACUACUCCAGGAUCUGGAGGAAUUCCUUCUUGUGGAAAUCCCGUGUUUUCGCACAAUACACCGGAUCAACAGCAGUUCAUGAGCUCGAUGGCUGGAAUUCCAGCGUCCGUCUCAUCAGUUCAUUCUGUCUGCAAGUCAAUGGAAAUGGUGGGAGGUCCGGCUUCGCUCCAACACACUCCACAACAAUAUGAAUUGGGUGCGCAUACAAGGGUGAGUGCUGAACACUUUUAGAAUAUUUUUCAAUUGACAAUGUUUUCAGAUGUCCCAAGACAGCGUCGUAGCUGUCUCCACAGCUCACAUCGAACAGCAAAAUCAUCUGAUAAUGCAUCAACAUGGCUUCAGCAGCCCAGCUGCUCAGCCCACUCUCCAACAACCGGCUCCCUCUGCUCAAGUGAUCCCUGCGCCUGUCCCCUCAAACGGACGUCGACGAUCUGCUGGACCUCGGAAGAGGGCUCCGAAUCCGAGAAGCCGGGCACAACAGGCUCCUGCAGCGGUGCCAAUGCAACAGCCGCCGAUGCCCAUGCCACAGAUGCCAAAUUUCCAGUACUAUCCACCCUAUGGACCUGCCUAUCCGUCAAUGUGGGACGGUUUCUACUAUUACAACCAGUACAAUCAGACUGGAAUGCCAAUGCAGCAACCGAUGGACGCGGCUACUUAUCAUCGACAGUUGAUGGCCUACCAGCAGUACCAGCAACAGACGGGACAAAUUGGUGCCGAUGGAACCGCAGUCAACCAGUUUCCCACUCCAGCAGUUGCUUAUCAUCAACAAUGGUUCAAUCAUCAGAAUAACAUGCGUUGA